AGUGCGGUGAUGUAGCUCUAGUUUUGGGAAGGUCAGGUUCGGAUCUGCUGGAUUGUGGAUCUACUGCGCCAAAGCCCGGCUCCGGGAUUUAUGCCUGACGUCAGACCGUGGCCAUUAGUGCUCUCCUCCGGCAGCAUCAGCGCUCAGCAGCGCUCAGCAGCACCAGCAUCCCCCCGCCGCCACCCUCACCCUCACCCGCACCUCCACCAGCCACCGACCGGCGAGCGCGGAGCCGGGGGACGCCCGGGCUGAACCCCCGCCCUGCCCGGAUCUAGCGCCUGGUCGUGACCGCCGGAGCGGCUCCCACACGCCGCGGGUCGACUAAAGCAAUGGCCUAGCGCGGGCUAACGGAGAACCCGGGACAAAACCAGGCGGAAUAACCGACCGCUAAUCCCGUGCCCUGCGAUAUAAACACAAAAACAGCCCCACCGGAACACAGUGGGGAGAGCGGGGAGCCGCAGCCGGGAGAGCAGCGCGCAGCAGCGGGGAGAGUCAGGACCCGCAGCCGGGGGAGCAGCGCUCAGCAGCGGGUUGAGCGGCCGCGGUUCAGCGCUGUUUAUUUAUUCACCGCAGGAUUUGAAUGAAUCUGAUUUAUAAUCCAGCUGGAAAUGGGAGCUCUCACAAGCAGACAGAAUGCCGGAGUGGAGGAGGUCGAUAUACCGUCCAACUCUGUUUACAGAUACCCUCCGAAAACCGGGAGUUACUUUGCCAGUCAUUUUAUUAUGGGAGGAGAGAAGUUUGACUCAACCCAUCCAGAGGGUUACCUGUUCGGAGAGAACACAGAUCUAAACUUCCUGGGAAACAGACCUGUAACGUUUCCGUAUAAUGCUCCACCCCCUCAUGAGCCGGUGAAGACCCUCCGCAGUCUAAUCAACAUCCGAAAAGAUACCCUCCGCCUGGUCAGGUGUAGUGAGGAUAUGAAGUUACCCGGUCAGGAGGCAGAUAAAGGUCGGAGUUGUUAUAAUAUUGAGUUUACGUUCGAUGCAGACACACAAGUGGCCAUCACCAUUUACUACCAGGCUGUGGAGGAGUUCCACAACGGUGUUCCCAUAUAUCUGCCACAGGACGGCUCUCUGCAGUCUGAGACGGUGCACUUUAAGAGGGGUGUCUGCCAGCAGUUCUGCCUGCCCUCACAUUCAGUCAACUUAUCAGAGUGGUCAGACGAAGAGCUUUUAUUCGAUAUGGAUAAAGAAAUCUUCCCCAUGGUGGUUCAGGCUGUGGUGGAUGAAGGAGACGAUCAUUUAGGACACUCUCAUAUUCUUCUCGCAACGUUUGAGAAGCACAUGGACGGCAGCUACUGUGUAAAACCCCUGAAGCAGAAGCAAGUGGUGGACGGUGUUAGUUAUUUACUGCAGGAGAUUUAUGGCAUAGAAAACAAAUACAACAGCCAGGAAUCUAAAGUGGCUGAUGAUGAGAUUAGUGAUAACAGUGCGGAGUGUGUGGUGUGUUUGUCGGAUGUGCGCGACACACUCAUCCUCCCCUGCAGACACCUGUGCUUGUGCAACGCCUGUGCAGAUACCCUGCGCUACCAAGCUAACUGCUGCCCAAUCUGCCGCCUGCCGUUUCGAGCUCUGCUGCAGAUCCGAGCUCUGAGGAAGAAGCUGAGUCCUGUUCUUCAGAGCGGCUUUAACCCCGUCAUCACCUCUCAAACAUCAGACUCGGAGGAGCACUCGACCUCCGAGCACAUCCCUCCAGGUUACGAGGCCGUGUCUCUGCUGGAGGCCCUGAACGGACCCCUGAACCCCUCACCUGCGGCCCCCCCGCUGCAGGGCCUGGCCAAGGGCCACGUCUCCGGCACCCUGCCCUCGUACGGCACCGAGAGCCACCACACCGCCGCGCACUCCACCUCACCUUUAGAGCACUCCACCACCUCCAGCCAGGGGCUCAAACUGAAGAAGAGCGGCUCCAAGUCCCUCUCUCAGAAUUCGUCGGUUCUUCCUGAAGAGGAGGACGAGAAGUCCUGCAGCGAGUCCGAGGUUCAGGCCUGCAGGAGGAAACUUCCUGUAGACCAGCAGGAGUGUGGUGUGACUCCUGAGAGUGAUAAUCUCACCCUGUCCUCAUCCGGAGCGAUAGAUCAGUCCUCCUGUACCGGAACCCCCCUCUCCUCCACCAUCACCUCCCCUGAAGACCCGGUGAGCAGCAGUCUGGCUCAGUCGGUCAUGUCCAUGGCGUCGUCUCAGAGUCAGCACUCUCAGAUCAGCACUGAUACUCUCUCCUCCAUGUCCGGCUCUUACCUGGCCGGGGCGGAGGGGGAGGAGCCUACCGAACACCCACCUGAGAGCCGGGGACCCUCACAGCAGGAGGGGGAGCAGGAAAUGCCCAGUGAGUCAAAUGACCACAACUUUGUUGCUGCCAUGGUUGAAGAACAAGAUUCAGAGGGGAACGAUGUGGCCGAGGAGGACUGCGCCUCUCCCACUAAAGAUCAGGGUGGGCGCGGGAGGAGCGAGGUGCCUUGUCCAGAGUUUGACAAUAACAAUCAGGGGCAGUCUGACUCCCACUGUCUGACAGGCCUGGACAAUGAACAGGCUCCUGACGGCCGAUUCGCUGGGCUGCUGUACCUGGAAGCCUACCAACGUUCCAUCGAGCCUCUGCCUCGCCAAGCUUCCACCAGCAACAUCAACCUGGAGGAGCCGGGGGUCAGCAACCGGGGGCCGAGCCCCAAAAACACACCAAAAACUCGCCGCGGACCACUAGCUGUGUAAAACACAUCCCUCCAGUACCGCCAGCUGCUGCAUCCGGCUGCACAACCCGACCCUGAUCCUGAUCCUGAUCCUGAUCCAACACGAGGCUCUAAAACUCCCGAAAUAUCGCAUCAACUCGCCCUCUGUACCCUGAGUCAACUCAAACUAUAGUUUUAAACUCUGAUUUUUAGUUUUCAACUCUUAACUUUAGAAGUAGCUUAAAUAAGGGUGAAAACCUACAUCCACCUAGUGUUUUCCCUUUUCAUCAGAGGUGGGGAUUCAAGUCAAACUCCAAUCACAUAUUUGAUGACUUUCAACUUAACCUGACGACAAAAUAAAAAAAAAAAUAGACUUAACCUUGACUUUACCUUCAACGAAUAGGACUUUAAGACUUAUAAAGACUUAACAAUGUAUUUUUUUACUCAAGUUAAUUUUUUAGGUGUUGUAUAAAUAAUAUUGAAUCACAGAAAUUGAGCAUCACUGUAAAUGGGCUGCAGACUGGAUGCAUCGAGCUGCAUUAAGCAGCAUCACACCUUGCAUUAAAGCGAAUGUGCCAUAAUGAACACUGAUGGGGAUGCACAAAGGGGUGGGACAAUUGGAUAACCAAAUUGGGAGGAAAUGGGAAAAAAUUAAUUUAUUUUAAAAAAGAAAAGAUUAAUCAUUUGUGACAAUUUAAUGCUACUAAUUAAAUAUUGAAAUAGCAUAACUUUUGACAUGACAAGUACUUGAGGUUUAAGGCUUGGGAUUUUACUUAAGGCUGUAUUGAUUUUGAACUUGACUUGACACUUCUUGACUUGACCUUGCCUGUAUUGGCUGGCCUGUUAUACAUGGGAACUUAAGACUAGUCACUUGACUUAAGACUACUCACUUAAUAUAAGACUUAAAUAGAUUUGCUUGGAACUGGACUUGAGACUAGUCACUUGACUCUGUACUCUUGUAUUGACUAAGGACUUGACUAGAGUCAUGAGCCACUUGAUUUGAGACUUGCCUGGUUUGACUUGGAACAUGAUUUGAGACUAGUCACUAGACUUAGGAUUAGUCACUUGACUUGAGACUAAUCACUUGACUUGAGAUUUGCCACUUCACUUGGGACUAACCAAGUGACUUGAGACUAAUCACAUGACUUGAGACUAGUUACCUGACUUGGAACUUGACUUUAAUCUAGUCACUUGACUUGAGAUUUGCAUGGAUUGACUUGGAACUUAACUUGACCUUUAAGACUUGACUGUAUUGAGUCGCAUUUCAACUUGCUUUUAUUUAUUCUAGACUUCAGUUUAAAGACUUGUGACUUAGUGUUUAGUUGCCACUUUUUGACCUGUUCCCACCUCUCCACUUUCCAUCGUGCUAAAAUACAGUAUAUUGUGUUUACACCCGUGUAAAUCACUGCGUUUACCUUCACACCCUUUAUUACCACCAUGAAUAAUCUGAACGAGACCAUAAAUACAUCAUAACAUCAUUACAUCAUUACAUCCAGACUGGUGUGAUGCAGUAAUCUUUUCACUUGCUGGUUAGAAACACAGAAAACUUCCAAAAGACUCUUAAACAGACUCUUAAGCAGAAUAACCGUUAGCCGUUAGUGUUAUAGCACUCUCUCUAGUGUUAUAGACUCUCAGAGUAUUCAAUAAAUCCUCUAAUUCCACUGAUCCUUCAGGAGCUCCGAUAGAAAUCUAGUAGACGUUUGCAUGCACAGAAUCUCAGAAUCCGAAACUUUCACUUUUAUUUCUGCAGAAGCUCAAGAAUAUUCAGAAUAUUCCGUGUUUGAAUGUCAAUAGAAAAAUGUUGCACUUCUCAUGUUAAGACUUAAAACCUGCAAACGAAGAAGAUCCUAGAAGAUAAACUGUGUAAAGCAGGAUGUGAGACUUCACACAGGAUGAAUUUUAGAGCAAUAACACAUCCUCGUAUCUCCAUCAUCAGUCCUGCUGCACGUCACCAACCACACGCAACAGCCUGAAGCUACGAACCUGCCUCACCCACGUCCUCAUCAGACCUGCUGCGGCUGUGGAGACCCAGAAAAACUCUAAAAUAACUCAAUCUGCCAAGGAGGUCCGAACAAAUCCAUACGAUAUCACAAACUAUUACAAUCAUGUGUUACGUUUACAACCGGAGGAAAAUACAGCGUUUAGAGGGGUGGAGGAACAGUACAGAAAAACUCGUAGGGAUGCAGCGAAAUUACAUUUUGGGCUGAAACCGAACUAAAUUAACAUUUAUUAAUUUGAAAGCCAAAUACUGUUUUCUCACAAAGUUUUAAAAAAUUCAAAAAAAAAAAUUUAUUAUACAAAUUAAAGAAAAUAAAACAUUUGUUUAAAGGCCGAAUACCAAAUACCAAACACGUUUUUUUCCACAUUGCAGAUUUGGCAAUUUUUUUCUCAAUGAAACAAAUUAUGUCUUUUUUCACUGUUUACCAAACAAAACGAACAAUUUCUUUAAAGGCAAAAUCCCAUACACUGAACACAUUGUUUGCAUUUUUUUUUUUAAUAAAUUUUGCCACUUCCGGCAAUUUUGCCACUUUUUUGUUUCGCCAAAGAUCACAUUUUUAUAAACACUUUUUUAAAAUUAAUUUAGCCAUUUAUUCUCUAUUAAAUAAAUUAAUCGACACCUCACACAAAAUUAAAUAUUUGUCCGAAGUCUGAACACCAAAUGCUCACAUUGCAGGUUUUCAUUAAUUUUACCGUUAUUUUCCGUUUUACAAAAUUAUGUUUUCUUACAGGUUUUUCAAAACUAAAUUACUACUUUUUUCACCAUUACAUAAAAUAAAUGAAACCAAACAAAACAAACAAUUUCUUUGAAGGCCAGAUACCAAAUACUGAACAUGCUUUUUGCUGUUUUUUUAAUCAAUUUCGCCACAUUCGUCAUUUUUGACACUUUUUCUUUAAACAAAAUGAAACAUUCGCCUGAAACCAAACAGCAGAUUUUUGUUAAUUUUGUCCCUCGUUACACCGUCCAAUAAAUAAACUGAAAAAAUUAAACUUUUAGCCAAAAGCCAAAUAGUAAACACGUUUUUUAAAACAUGUUUUAUUUAUUUUUUUCUAUUUUAUCUCUAUUGAAUAAAUUAAUCUGAACCUAACAAAAUGAAAUAUAUGUCCGAAGUCAGAAUGCAAAAUGCCCAAAAUGUUUUUUUUUUGUACGUUUUGACACUUUUCACACAAAAUGAAAUCAAACAAAAUGAAACACGUCUUUUUUGUUUUUAAGGUUUUAUCAACUGAAAAAACUAUUUUGCAAUUUCUUUAUAAAUUGUGCUCCUUUUUUUACAAUUGCAUGUAACAUAUAGCCCUUAUAAAAGAUAAGGAAAAAAGGAAAACAAUUUUAAUAUGCAAUCAGAGAAACCAACAAUUUGAUUGUUGAUCAUUAAAAGCUCUUUUGUUUGGUAUAAAUUCAGUAUAAAUUAUUUAGUUUCAUUCAGCCAAACACAAAGUGCUUUUUCUGUUUCAUUUCGGCUGUUGAAUAAUUUCGGUUGCCAGGUAUUCGGUGCAUCCCUACAGCUCUGUAAAUGCUGAAAUGCUGCGAGUUUUCUGCAGUGUUGAUGAGUUAAUGAGUUGAUGAGUUAAUGUGUUGAUGUGUUAGUAAAGGCAUGGGGGGUAAAAGCUCUUAUAAAAAGUGGUAAAUGAGGGAUAGGAGUACAGGAUACUGUAGGUAUACUGAGGCUGAGCCUCGCGUGUGUUUUUGGUAUAUCGGGUCAUUAAUAUAUAAGAUUUCAUGCAUUCCAUGAGGCGAAGCUGCACUGUCCUUAUCAAUCGUGUUUACUCGGCAUCUCGGCCAACUAAUCUGGCCUGGUUUUGAUUGCAGCGUAUUGGAUAUUGAUUAGAUAUUGAUCAGUAUUGAUUAUUAAGACGUGCCACUCUCUGACUGGACUGGAAGUGGUGGGCAGCCUGUUGAUUACACUGAAUUUUACUGUGGUGUUUUCAGAGGUUAUAUAGAGACGGUAUAGAAAUAAAAUUCCACGUUAUUUAUUUAUUAUUUAUCGUAUUAAUUAUCGUUAAUACGUUACUGUUUAACAGAAAUCUCGAAAUGAUUUUUUUUUCUUAGUUCGCUUAAUUUUACGUUAGCGCUUUUCUGCGUACGUUAUUAUUAUAGACUAAGUGAUGUCAUGGUUCCUCCAGAUCUCUGUUCUGAACUGAUCUGGGGAAUAUUCUUAUUUCCGUCCUAUUUAUUUAUUUUCUCUGGUUAAAACGGCGUGCCUGUGGGCAUUUUUCUUCGUAAAGAAAUGUUGUUUCUUUAAUUUUUGUGUUUUAUGUUAGCGUAGCUCUCGUUCUCGUCGCUCUACUUUAGUCUGUCGCGUGUGUUUGUUCGAUGAAAUAUGAAUAACGAUGUGAAAUUAUUAUUAUUAUUAUUAUUAUUAUUAUUAUAAAUGUUUCUAUACAAGAAAUGUCACCUUUCACAAGUGCACAAUUUAGUUUUCUUUGUUUGUUUGUUGGUUAAUUUUUUUUUCCCCUAGUUCACGAGUACGUGGUGCAUGUGGCAAGUGUGUAACACGAGCAUGAUAGUUCCAGCUGGUCAGUAGACGUCCAAUCAGGAGACAGAAAACCUGUGUACAUUUACAGUAGAUGUUUACAAUAGCCCCCUCCCUCCUGAUGUGCCCAGACACACUUUUAUACACACACUUAUAUACACACUUAUACCGUAUUUUUCGCACUAUAAGCUGAACCAGAUUAUAAGACCCAUUUUAAGAGACACUAGUAAGGAACAGGGGUAUCGCCAUGUUUUACUUCCUUCUCCUGAAAACUGUUUAUUUGGGUGAGUAAAGAAAGCGCUUCUGUUUAUUUACAGUAAGCUUAGAUUUCCAGAUUUUUACUAAGGCUUGGCGCAGCAGCUUUAGCAUUAGCUGCUAACCGCUAGUGCUAUCCGCCUGACAGCACUACACUGAGGAACCCUGAGUCGUCCGGUAAGCCAGGGUGAUAUCAGCUAGCGGUUCGUCCAAUGUAGCUUGUUUUAAACACGGAAAACAUGCAGACUUUAGUCCGAUACACAUACUUCUGAACAGUGAAAGAGUUAGCGCUUAGUAUGGUUAGUGGCUAAUGGUUAAUGCUAAUGCUGCUCCAGCAGUGCUAGAGGAGUUAGCAGGAGACUACAGUCCAAAAUACUCAUGUCCGAACAUCGAAAGAGCUAGCACUUAGCGAGGUUAGCUGCUAAAGCUAAUGCUGCUCCAGCAGUGCUAGCCGAGGUUAGCGGCAGGCUAAAGGCCGAUAAUACUCACCUCUGAACAGUGAAAGAGCUAGGGCUUGGCACAGUUAGCUGCUAAUGCUAAUGCUGCUCCAGCAGUGCUAACUUGUGUCACCAGCAGGCUAUAGGCUGAUAAUACUCAUGUCUGAACAGCACUUAGCGUGAUUAGUGGCUAAUACUGCUCCAGCAGUGCUAGCUGGGGUUAGCAGCAGACUACAGUCCAAAAUACUCACCUCUGAAUAGUGAAAGAGCUAGCGCUUAUUGCGGUUAGUGGCUAACGAAUAAUGCUAAUGCUACUCCUGCAGUGCUAGCUGGGGUUAGCAGCAGGCUACAGGUUGAUAAUACUCACCUCUGAACAGUGAAAGAGCUAGCGCUUAGCGUGGUUAGCGGCUAAUGCUAAUGCUGCUCCAGCCUUGGUGCUGGAGAAACUUAACUUUUACUGCUCCUUAAUACCUGACUGGUAGAAUUUAUACAUAAGGAGCACCGGAUUAUAAGGAGCUCUGAUGAUUUUGGGGAAAAUUAAAGGAUUUUAAGUGCACCUUAUAGUGCAAAAAAUACGGUGCACACUUACACACACUUAUACACACUUCUACAAAAGUUACAGUUGAUGUAGAGAUGCUGAUUUAGAGUGUAAACUGUAUGGAGGAGCUAGAGUGAUAAUAAUAAUUAUAAUUAUUAAUCUAAUGCUUUAGAUCAGUCUCUCAUUGGUUAAUCUGUGAAAGCGUGUAAAUGCAGAAGGAGCAUGUGCUGAUAAUGGUGAUCUGCUCUGAAAGGCACUAUUAUAGGAUUUUCUGUUGUUCUGUUUCACUGUUUAACUCAUUCUGCACCAAUAGAAAGAAGUACUGUGAUCUGCUCCAAUAUAGGACAUGAACUGAGUCUCAAUACAUUAUUUCACUUUUAUAGGAUGAAAAAUACAAAUGUCAAAAAAACUCAAUAAACAUUCUUUAUUUAAAAAAUUGAAAA